GAGGCGGCUUGGACGGCGGCGCGGAAGCCGCCGUCCAAGCUUCGCAGGGAGAAGGCGUUCAACGACGAGAAGGACGCGAUGCGCCGCGAGCUGGCGGUCAAGACCAUCCGCGAGCUCCGCGGCCAGCUCGCGGAGCACGCGGACACGGCGGCGAAGCUC